UGAACAGCUUCCAUCAUAACAUGUCCUGAUACCACAAUGUCUGAAGAGAUGCCUACCUCCUGGAAAUCGCUGGCAAGUACUGCAUCCAAUCGCUUAAAGGGGUACAUUGCGCAGAAAGACCUCCGGACUCGAAAUAUUAACCUUCAACGACGGCUCGGCGUAGACACUGACAAUGGGCAAUCUUGGAAAGAAUGGGCUGGCCAGAAGAUUAGCAAUAAAUUGUUGCAGAACAGCAGCCCGGGUAUAGAGAAGCUUGCUCUGUUUCCUGGAUGGGCGGUAAGAAAAUAUUUAUCCGACAAUGAGAAUGAAGGUCCAUUCGAGGUUGACGUCUACGUUUCAGGGUUCGCCUCCAUUCAUAGGUCGCAGGAGUCCGCAAGUCGGUCUGAGAAAGCUUUUAUGAGUCUAGCAAAAAGCUUUGCCUCGUUGCCUAAGCUGGACUCUGAAGGUGGAGCAGAGGGUUCAUUAGGUCGAGCCAGCGCGUCUACUGAAGAACUGCUGGGCACCAUCAAGCUACCACCGCGGCCACAGGAAAUCACGGAGGAGUUCGAAGUAGAGGCACUCGAGAGACAGUUUCGGCGUCUCAAUGAGAGCCAGUCUUCUGUGGAUAUCACUCAUUCACCAUCGCGGUCGUCCUCCUCAUACGACACACCACCUCUGGCUGACUAUGAGUCGACAACAAAACUAUCAGGCGACCUUCGCAAGUUUCACGCCAAUUUGGAAGCCAGGCUGCAGCCUUUCUGGUCCUCAGUUCUCCCCGGUCGAAUGGUGAACAUCUGUCUCUUUCCAAAACCUCUCAAUGCAGCGGAUGAUCCAACGAGCAACAGUCCUCUCGCAUCUCAGGACGUUUCUACAGCAGCAGAUGGAAGUUUUCAAAUGCGGUUUACCAUCAGAUGGGAAGAUAUGUGUCAGCACCCUGGGGCGCUCCAUAUAGCGUUCGGAGAACGCAAUGUCGAACAUGAACUGAUAGCUGCAGCUCGACUUCUGCCUCCUCCAUCCCCUUCCGCCUCCCUGGUUGUAGAUCUGGUCGUCCCCGAACCUGUUUCGCCUAUAAUAAUUGCUAGAAUUCCUUUGACCUACAGCCCUAUUCGUGUUAUAUCGGAUAUCGAUGAUACCAUCAAACAUUCGGACGUGCCUGGAGGUGCCCGCAGCGUUUUCCGCAAUGUUUUUGUCAAGGAUCUAGACGAUCUUGUUAUACCGGGAAUGGGAGAGUGGUAUACCGGGAUGUGGAAGAAAGGUGUUCGCUUUCAUUACGUGUCAAACGGCCCCUUUGAGCUACUGCCUGUUCUGGGGGAUUUUUUCAACGUCGCGCACUUGCCUCCGGGGUCAAUAAAACUCAAGUCCUAUGCGGGCCGUUCCUUAUUCAGUGGUCUAUUAUCGGCUCCCGCCGCACGUAAACGCAAUGCAGUCCUGGAAAUUCUAGAUUCAUUUUCCCAUUCUCACUUCAUACUCAUUGGCGAUACCGGCGAGCAAGAUAUGGAGCUCUAUGCAGAAUUCGCCAGUCAGAGACCUAAACAGGUUCUGGCUGUAUUUAUUCGGCAUGCACAUAAUGGAGAACCGCUCGAAGAUCCAACGGGAUCACAUCCCACCAGAGACAUCGAGUUUCGUUCGGCACCCCCAGCGUACGGCUCCGAGUCAGGAACUAUGCGCGCUUCUCGACGUACGUCUUCAGGAGCGUUCUCAGCGACGUACGCCGUUCGAACGCCUACAACUUCCCGCAAAGAUUCGAGCCGGCCCAACAACGACUACUUUGCUUAUCCUCUAACUGACGAACCAGAUUCGAUCGCUGAGAAAGAGUCGUCCGGAUUGUUCUUCACGUCAAAUUCCCGGAUGCCUUCUACGCCUCCACGUCUGAUGGAGGCAGAGAAGAAGAAACUGGAGUUGCAGAUGCGCAUUUACAGUGCGAGAGCGAUGAUCCCGAAGCAUAUACCUUUUCGUGUCUUCAGAUCUCCGGAGGAUUGUGUGGAAAUACAUCAGAUUUUGUCGUAGUUAUAUUUCAUGGACGCUUGGUGUUGUAUCGUAUAUUAUCUCGUAUCAUUUGAUAAUUUGGGUCGUGCUAACUGGCGGGAGUCGGUAGGGGCUUGAAUUUGGCGGGUUGAAAGACCCGGUUGUUAACAAAACGUACAUGGCAAUGGAGGCAGGCAAACAGGUAGCAUUAGGUGGAAAUCUCUUUUACCGCAACAGUAAGCAUCUUCAGG